AUGAUGUUAUCUGCACGAGAAGUCUCUGGGCCUGAACAAACCGGCGGGCCCCGGCGGAGAGAAUCCCAGGAAACACGAUGGAACAAUCACGCCCCUGUCGACAAGGAUAAUUACAAGAGGGGCACAAUUGUGAACUUCCCUCAUGUGGUCCUUUGCGAAGCGAAUGACCCCAAUGCUGUCCAGACGCAGUUUGGCUGGUUUUGUUUCAAGACGAGAUACGGUAUCGUCAUCGACAACACCACCGAACUUGAGGUCCUAAAGCUCGGCACUUCCGGAGGACGCGGACCAUUAUCGAAGCCCAUACAAGUCCGCGUGGAUUGCUUCGGUCUCAAGAAAGCAGAAGAUGCAGAAUACUACUGCUGGGACGAAGAGCUGGGCAGUAAGGUCGCGUGCACCCCAGAAAAAGGCGUCUAUGACAUAGAAGUAGGUUGCCCAUACCAACCCAAGACGGGCGCCUUUGGAAAUGUCUUAGACGUUAUUCCCCUCCCACAUGACUCCCGUAUCGAAGUGUGCGGAGAGAUUAGGGAAGACGUCCUCAACGCGAUUCUUAAGAAGCGCAAUCGAAGGCUUCUACAGAAACAAAGCAGGAGCACCCCCAAAGACAUGUGGAUUGAGGAGUUGGAGGCACGUCUGGACAAAGACAAGCAUGCUCAGCAAGAUGCAGAUGACAAGGCCCGCCCAGAGCAGAUGAAGCAAGAUCAGCAGUCCAGUCAAAAUCGCCAACAGAGUGCUCAACUCCAGGACCAAGGUCUGCAAGGACGAAGUGUUCAUGGAGUCUCUCGGCGCCGAGCUCCUGACAGUGACACUACAAUGAGGACAGCCCCUACCAAGUGCGCAAAGACCGAUAUCAGCAUGCUCACACCCACCCCCGCGAUUCGAGACAGCAGCCAGGCCGAAGCGAUCAACGGCCGGCGCAACAGUUCGCGAUGGCGCGGCCCGUCUUACCAGCUUCCGCCUGACCGCGUUAACGGAGCUCGACGCUUUACAGGACCUGGUAGCAACGACGGUAGCAACCGCCCCCCGCAAAAUGCUCCACGACAACCACGCCGAGGCAACUCACGCCCUAGUCGACGGUCCUCUGGGAGCCAUGGUAACAUCAUUGAGGACCAGGCGCGAGCCAAUGGACGUCCAGAGCCGGCCCCAGGCAACGAUGAUCGAAGCACCGAGACCCGGCGUAAGCGCAACAGUGGUACUGAUGGUCGUCUACUUGAUCUGCUGCAUGGUGCCUUGGUCGAGGCGCAAGGCAGCCGUGGAGCGGACAUGUCUUCCGCAGCCAACCCGGCGUUUGACGACUACCAAUACCAGCCACUAGACCGUGCGACACAGCAAAUCCGACUUGUCACGCUUCUGGAUCCGCUGGUAAAUGACGAUGCUAUACGUCUCGACAUUGAAGUCUUCGAAAUCUCGGAAGCACCGCCAUACACAGCAUUGUCCUACGUUUGGGGUCCACCACCGUCGUAUAACGACAUCUACAUCGCGGACGGACGGCUUAGAAUCCGCGAAAACCUGUUCAAAUUUCUCACUGAGUUCCGAAAAUGCCGCGACAAGACGCCUUCGGAUCGCUACAUGUGGAUUCACCAGCUGUGCAUUGAUCAGUCGAGUACUGUUGAGCGCAACCACCAAGUUCAGAUGAUGAGCGACAUAUACAGCAAAGCUACGUCAGUCGUUGCUUGGUUGGGCGACGGCUCUGAGAAACCCAAUUCACAUACCAAAUGGCUCGCCGAGGGCGGAUACGACAAGUUCGAAAACACGUACGAUGCUGCAUGUGUAUGGAGGGAUACAGCAGAAAUAGCGGCAUUUACUUAUGUCCUCCACAACAAGUACUUUAGGCGACUUUGGAUUGUACAAGAGUUCAUCCUAGCGAAACAGAUCAGGAUCCUAGUGAAAGACAUGUGGCUGGUGGAUGGCACACGGAGACCGGAGUGUCAUUCUGAAACCUUCUAUGACUAUAUUCGCCAAAACGUACCUGCAAGCGUAUAUAGGAUUAUGUGCAAUAGUUCUUUGCGGAGAACCGGCGGAUUCAUACAUCUCGGUAUAUUUGACGCACUGGACAGGUAUGUGGUGGGGAAUGAAUGCGCAGACCCACGCGACAACGUCUACGGUUUACUCGGGCUGGUAGAUCAUGACCAACGCGUCACAGUCGAUUAUGAGAAGUCGAUUGAUCAACUCUUCAUGGACGUCGCUCUAGCCGCACUUCGAAAUGAAUGUCUCGAGGGAUUAGCGGCAGAAUCACCCAAGAAUAGAGCUUUCACGCUGUACUGGGACGCUUUCGUGGUCAUGCUUGUCCGAUCACCGCAAUAG